AUGAGCAAUACGCCAAUUAAACCAGGUGUUUCGGUUGCCUCGAGCUCGAGCUCACCGGUGCCAGCUAAGGGCAAGCAGCGACGCCGAGAACGCAAAGCUCCCCUCCGCUCAAAGGCCCAGCAAUCAGACGACUUUACAGCUUCCCUCAUCCUCCCCGACAAAGCCGUCUUCAGCUUAACUUCACAAUCCCUCAGCAUCAACGCUUAUCUCUCCCACCUCCCCUCCGAAUUCUUCCCACGUUUCUCGGCAUUGAGGAUACUGCACUUGAAUGGAUGCGGAUUGAAGAGGUUACCGCCGCAGAUACGUGAACUGGUGGAGUUGUGUUAUUUAGACUUAACACAUAACUGGCUAAACAUGUUACCGUGUCAAUUGCACGAGAUGUGGACAUUGGAGGCGCUCAAGGUUGAUUAUCAUAGAAUGAUGCGAUUGGAUGGGCCUGCGUGUCUCCGAAUCACACCGGAGAAUGUCAAAGAUGGUGGCUUAACAAACGGGGCAGGGCCGCCACGGUUGACAGAGUUGGCGUCACGGAGUAUACUCCGACACAUUCGACCCACCGACCUCGAGCCCUCAACCUUCGGCGAACUGGAUAUCCCGCCCCACCUCCAACCAACACAAUUCCCACCAGAGAUCUGCGCGGGAUGCAACACUGUCAUUGCACGCGUACACCCACAUCACCACCGUCUGCAGACACGGCGCAUCGAGUUGAAGAGACGGCAGUUUGCGGUUGCACCGCUUUUAUACACAUUUUGUGGAGCACUAUGUAUGGGGAGGUGGGAGACAGCGUAUGAAAAGAAUGAGAAAAUUUGGAAGUAA